CGCAUGCUCCGUGGGGCCGGGCGGCGGGGUUGUGGCUCCGCUUCCCCUUCCGGCCGCCGCUUCGCUUGGGUCCACCAGCUCCUGUCAGUAUGGCAGAAGGGAGGAGAAGAGAUCGGCGGAGGAGCCCACUCUUGUGGGCGGCAGUUGCGGCAUUUAUUUUGGUAGUUGAUGCAUCUUUCGUGGAAGACUUAGAUGACUCGUUUAAAGAGAACCGUAAAGAUGACAUUUGGCUUGUAGAUUUUUAUGCACCAUGGUGUGGCCAUUGCAAGAAGUUGGAACCGGUGUGGAAUGAAGUUGGUAAAGAGAUGGGAAGCACUGGUUCACCAGUCAAAGUUGGGAAGAUGGAUGCAACUUCUUAUUCUAGCAUUGCCUCUGAAUUUGGAGUUCGAGGCUAUCCAACAAUUAAACUGUUAAAGGGUGAUUUGGCAUACAACUAUAGAGGACCCAGGACCAAAGAUGAUAUUGUUGAGUUUGCAAACAGAGUAGCAGGGCCUAUUAUUCGACCCCUCCCUAGCCAGCAGAUGUUUGAACAUGUGCAAAAGAGGCAUCGUGUAUUUUUUCUUUACAUUGGUGGAGAAUCUCCACUGAAGGAAAAAUACAUAGAAGUUGCUUCCGAACUAAUUGUUUAUACCUACUUUUUUUCUGCCUCAGAAGAGAUACUACCUGAGUAUGUGACACUCCCUGAGAUGCCAGCUGUUAUAGUUUUCAAAGAUGGAACUUAUUUUGUGUAUGAUGAAUAUGAAGAUGGUGAUUUGUCAUCCUGGAUAAGCAAGGAGAGAUUUCAGGGGUAUCUUAAUGUUGAUGGAUUUACUCUGUAUGAACUUGGAGACACAGGAAAACUUGUGGCUAUUGCAAUUAUUGAUGAUAAAAACACUUCUGUUGAACAUAUCAGGUUGAAGUCUAUUAUGCAGGAUGUUGCAAAAAAUUAUAGAGACCACUUUCAUAGGAGCUUCCAGUUUGGCCAUAUGGAUGGUAAUGAAUACAUGAAUAGUUUACUAAUGGAUGAUCUGAAAAUCCCCACUAUAGUUGUAUUGAACACAUCCAAUCAACAGUAUUUCCUACCUCAUAAACCUAUUGAGAGUACUGAAGAUAUGGUUCAGUUCAUUAAUGAGAUCCUGGAAGGCACUGCAGAAGCGCACGGUGGAGAUGGAAUUCUUCAACGGAUCAAGAGAAUAAUUUAUGAUGCCAAGUCUACUGUAGGAUCUGUUUUCAAGAGUUCCCCCCUUCUGGGCUGCUUUCUCUUUGGUCUACCACUGGGUGUCAUCAGCAUCAUGUGUUACGGAAUUUGUAUGGCUGACUCUGAUGGAAGAUCAGAUGAAGUGGAAGCAUCUAAGAAGGAAAGUACAGGGCGGGAACUGACUGAUGAAGGCACUGAGGAAGAACAAGAGGAAGAAAACAGCGAGAACCGUCUAGAAUUUCCAGGUGGCGAGCAAGAACAGAAAACUAUAUUUGAAAAGAAAAAAGACUAAAUUGCUUAAUUUUAAAAAAUGUAGAAUUUCAAAAUAUAGACUUAUUUAUUGAAUUCAUCUAUUUACCUGUGACCUUCAGAGAUGAUGAACUUUUUGUUUUACAUGCAUGUGUUCCAAUUGCUUGGCCAUGAAGAAGAAUGAGUGGAAGUCUGGGUUUCAGAGUCCUUUACUAUCUUUAUCCUGCUGAAAAGAAUUCAAAUUAAGGGAUGUAUAUAUGAGCUAUUUUACAGUGAUGCACACUGAAGUUUUCUUCUUUCUUUUCUAGCUACUGAGAACUGGUUAACAAUUAUUUUAACUAUGUGGCCAAAGUAAAUAAAACAUUUAAAAAGGACUGCAGGAAUGUUCUCAGCCUAGAGUGAAAUUUGUAAAUGGGGAAACAUACCUUUGGGACAUUACAUAAACACUUUUAAAAAUAGUUAGUAUUGCUUUGAAAAGCAGUAUGUACUUCAUUUUAUUUCAUUUUUGUU